CGAUGCGCGCCCCGUGACGCGACGACGCGACGACGCGACGUGGCCGAUCCGGAGCGAGACUCGACCCUCGCGCGCACGCAGGCGCGCGCCCGCGCUCGCCCCCAUGUGCACGCGUGCAAAGGGCUAGAUAUAAAUGUGCCUGCAGCCAUGCCCGUGCGCAAGUACAGGAGGGAUACCAGUGAGGUCAGCUGCUGCCUCAAGUAUGUCAUCUUCGGGUUCAACGUCACCUUUUGGUUACUCGGUCUGGGCAUCAUGGCGGUGGGCGUUUGGGCGUGGAUGGAGAAGGACACCUUCAACAAUUUGUCUCGCCUAACAAACAUCGCCCUCGACCCAGCAUUUAUCCUCAUUCUAGUCGGUACAGUGACAUUUAUCAUCGGAUUUACGGGGUGUGUCGGUGCACUCAGGGAAAAUACGUGCCUCCUAGCCGCGUAUGCGAUAUUUCUGGCGUUGCUGCUGUUACUGGAGAUGACGACUGGCGUCUUAGGUUUCAUCUUCAAGGACUGGAUAAAGUCACAAGCUACGGGGGGUUUCCAAGCGUUUAUCAUCCAUUAUCGAGAGGACCCCGAUCAACAAAAUCUCAUUGACUGGAUUCAAGAGGAUUGGUUGCAGUGCUGCGGUAUCGAGGGCCCGAAAGACUGGGACCGUAAUAAUUACUUCAAUUGUUCCUCCAGUGAAAUUGGCUCCAGGGAAGCUUGCGGGGUCCCGUUUAGUUGCUGCAAGAGAAAACCUAAUGAGAUCAUCAAGAACAAGCAGUGCGGGUAUGACGUCAGAAAACCUGGCUACAAUUUCGAUGUCGCCAAAGUAAUAUACGAGAAGGGAUGCGUUCAGGCAGGGGAGGAGUGGAUGGAACGGAAUUUACUACCAAUAGCCAUUGGUGCGGUGAUAACAGCAUUUUCUCAGAUUCUAGGCAUCUGCUUCGCUCAAAACCUGCGGGCGGAUAUAUUCGCGCAAAAGGCGAAAUGGCAUUGACAAUCCAGAGCCCCCACGGCAGUUUAGCAUCUCAUUUUGCACAGAUGCUGAUCGACCACGCCAAUGGAAAUGAGAUCGUCGCCUCCGGCAUCGGCUUCCGCGGAGAAAAUGGGAACGGCGAGGCAUAAUGCGGAUUCUUCGAUUAAAUAUCCGUCGGGACAUCGACUCCGCCGAAUGAAGAAUCGCUAGAAAAUAAUCGCGUAGUUUCGGAAACCCCGAAGACGCAAUAUUUUCCGCAUCCCACCUCCGCGAGGUUCGCCCUACGAUGGAAACGCAAUAUCUCGGCGCGAGGAGUGGCCAAAUCAUUUAUUUAACCACAUUUUCUAAAUUAACGAGCCAGUCGUAAAAUUACCUUCGCGUUGCUCAGAGUUUAAAGAAACGGCGUGCAUUUUUUAAUUCCCGAAUUAUGAAACGGGACUGGUUGAAAAAAAUUAUUCCAUAACUGAUAAGACCCUCGCUUGGAAGGGACAUCUCUUUUUCUCGCGGUUCGGAACGAUAAAAAUCGGCCUUCCUCGUCGCAGAGAUUUGCUCUUAUUCUUCUAUCGCGAACAAAUGGAAGUCGUGCCUUCAGAGGAGAGAUUAAAUCGUAGUGACAUCGAAUCCAAUCGACGUGGGGUCGUGGGGGCGCGGCAAGGAUUCGGCCAUCUUUGCCGCAAGGAUAAAUCGCGCCGAAAGUCGAGGAUGUUUAAGGCCAAUUCAUUCAAAAACUGGGUGAAACCUAAUACUAUUCCGUUAACGGAAUCGUGCGUUUUCCGCCGAUGUGUGGAUCGAUCGGUUGGGUCGAUUCUCUUAUUUUUGCUGCCAGGAACGAUCGCCGGCCGAUUUCCCAAGGGAACGCGCGAUCCGCGACUCGAUCAGGAUCGUGUCGCGCCAGCACAAAGGUAUUGUUGUUGCACCAGAGUAGACCUGUCACUUCCCCGGAAACCUCGGAAACCUCCGGCCAGUAUUUCAAACGGGCUCCCCGUUGUCAAUUUGCCGGAAAACGUGAGAAAACCGCAGCCAGAAAACGCCCGAGCUCGCUCCCUCCUGGGAAAUUUUUAUUUCAAACUUGAUAUAUCGACUUUAUACAUUUUUCCUGAGGUAAUCUACCUGUACAUUAAAUUGGUACUUCAACGUACAGAACAUCGUUACCAUUUCGUUACUCAAGAAAUUCCCUAAAUGACGCGGAAAAUAUUAUUUAAUAUUUUCCGAGCGAAGUUCCAGCGAUGACGGAAAUUCCCGCGAGUGUCGGAAUUCAUGGAAAUGGAAUGUAGGUAAAGUUUUCCGAGAUACUUCGAAGUUCCCGAAAGUCUCCGGAGAGGUGACACGUCUCUUAUGGAAAUCCGUCGAUUUCUCGCGACGUCCAGCGUCGCAGAUUUUCGAGGAAUUUCCCGCAAGAUGAGCGCGAUGGGCUAAACGUGAUAUUAAUUCUAUUAUUAUCUAUUUUUUAACGAGCCGCUCCCGAACGGUAUACCAUAUAGUGAUAGGGGAAAGGUUCACGUACGGAACAAAUCGUCCGUGGAUACCAAGUUUGUAACGAGAUACGUGACUAACGUUGUAAUGUAAUGAUAAUCCGGACGCGAGGAUCCGUGUUCACGAGUAGGUGCAUCUCGUCCCUGCACUUUGCAGUUUCGAUGCAUCGGCGAAGGCCGGUCUUCGAGGUGCAAUCGUGCAGAAUCGUACCGUGAAACAUUCCCGAACGCAUUGGAAGCACUAAAGCGAGACGAAACUCGAAAUAUUUUCUACAAAACGGCGGAUUUAAAGUGACUCGAAAGAGGCGAGCAUGGACGAAUCUUGUCCGAUGACAAUGACAUUCCUCCUUGCAUCCAAAGUGCAUCCUUCUUGAUAAAAAUAGGAAAUUCAUUUACCUAAUUAAUAGUCAGAUUUUCUCAACACUGGCACAUUACGAAUGAAGACGGUUUACAUCGAGAGAGGAAAAGAAAAAAAAAAUAAUAAUCCACUUAUGCACCAAUGUAAGACCUCUCAUGAAUGCGCGAAGAGAAUGAGUUAAUUUAAUUGCAGUAUAAUUUAUAGGUAUAUUCCGCCGCAGGAAUUAAGUUCCACGUCUGGAAUUCAUUUCAUUUGUGACAUGCUGCACGUCGACUGACGGAGUAAAAUUAUAUAUAAUUUUUGAGUUUAUUAUCUAAUUUAGUGAAAUUCAUAAUUGAUAAGACAAUUGGAUAUGGUCCGAAUAUCGGUCGAUAUAAUUGUAAUUUCAACACCGAUCUUAAUGUACUCCUCUUGAACACCGAAAAGCUCACUCGAAAUUAAUGGUUUUUCUUUUUUUAUACUGCAAUCCUUGCUUGUAAUAAUUAUUCGUCCGAGUCAUCUGUCGCUGUAAGGCCUCGGUGCCGCCACGAUUUUAUGUCGUCGAUUCGCGAUGUUAAUUAGUCAUAAGUUGCCGUAAUAAUAAAGCAGUGUAAUAGUGCCGCCACGAUAUGUUGCUCGUUAGAUAUGUAAUCGCGUAAAAUGGGUUUAGCAAAGGCUGUGCUACAUUGUAAAUCGCGGGGAGAUCCUGUAAGCGAUAGUCGAUCAAUUGCAGUGCUGCACUGUAAGAUGUAUCUUACCUAUUUGUUUUAAUUAAUCAUUAAGCUUAAAUAUUCGGAAUGGAACGUUAGAAGGCAACAAUGUUAUCCUGAGUUGCUCUCACGGAAACCUCUUGCUAAAUAGCUCGCAAUAACAGUACAGAUUAUUAUGAACAUUCCCAAUUUUCGAUGCGACCAUCCUGCUAAAUGCAAUCGAUCAUGGGGAAUUAUUCGGAAAUCCAUUAUUAUUAAUUAUUAUGUUUAUCAAUUCCUCUCGGCGAGCCCUUCAGCGAUUUGCUAAACCUGAAUUAUUAUUAAUUUUUUGCCAUUCCGUUACCUUUUGCAUUGUCACGUUGCUAUGCCGACCUGGUCCGAUAUUCGCGAUCGCACCUCGGAUAUGAAUAUGCGGAUCAUGUGGCCAGAAAAUGAGUUUACUUUAUUAAUAACAUGCGUUGUUUAGUAAGUCAUCGGGGUGACUUAAAAAGUUAACUCAUUUUGCACCGUCAGUGAAGUCCACCUUCCCUUAGUGCUAUAUAUUAUUGCAUUUCUUAUCGUACAAGUGUAAUUGUUAAUAGCUUAUAGCUAGGACCAUCCACGAGUGAUUUUUUCUGUUGUUGUUCAAGUGUUGUUUCGGACUUAUAACAUUACGGUUACGUUUUGUAUAUUUUACAGGGUGUGACUCGGAGCUUACGUUGAAACGACCUGAAAAAUUUAUUACCAAUCGUGUAAUCACUUCGGUUCGUUAUUCUUAAUUAUUUCUUAUGUUCCGCUGAUUCGUUAGCGCAUCUUAUCAGACUUCACCUACAAUAGUUAUUACGUCGUAUCAGACCGAUUAAAUAGUAGCGCGGAAUUUGUAAAAACAUUUGGAAACAGGAAUGGAUUCUUUUUUAAAACUUAUUUGCCGCCUUUUUAUUUAGUCGCCUUACUUUUAUUUUCAGGAUUUAUUUUCUUAGACUUCUAGAACUUUGGGUUUUAGUAUUCUCAGCUUACGUUUUUCGAGCUUUGCGUUGAUGUUUAUCGAAUUUAUUGCGAAGACCCGAAAUCGAAUAGUCUUGCGUUGCACUCAACAAUACCUGUGGUAUUAAUGAAUUGUUCUUAAAGUCUUGUAAAUAUUGUACAUCCACGUGUAAAAAAGAUGUGAAAUUGAGUGCUUGAC